GAGCCACAUUCUGGGGAACAAACAAGGGUCUUUUCUCACAGCCCAGCCUGGACAGCUCAGAGACUCAGAGAGCUCGCUCAGCGCCCUCAGUGUGAAGAUGCGGAUUCCUCUGUGUGCCCUCCUCGCUGCCUUCCUGCCCCUCGCCCUGGGGGUACCCUUGCCUGAUGCCCCCCCGGCCGUGGAGAUUCAGGAGAACUUCGACCUGGAUAAGUUCAUGGGCAAGUGGUAUGACAUCGCCCUGGGCUCCACCUGCCCCUGGGUGCAGAAGCACAAGGACAAGAUGAGUAUGGGGACCCUGAACCUGCAGCCCUCGGAGGACAGCACUGAGAUUGAUAUGACGAUGACCUUCACGAGACACGGGACCUGCAAGCAGAUUGUGGGGGUGUACAAGAAGACAGAGACCCCUGGCCAUAUGACCUAUCACAACAACAAGUGGGCCACGGAUGUGGACUCCUACAUUGUUCGCACGAACUACGCCGAGUACGCCCUGACGCUGAUGAUCAAGUCGAGACCCGGGUACAACAGCACCCGGACGGUGAGGCUGUACGGACGAACCCAGGAGCUGCGCCCCAGCCUGAUUGACGAUUUCACCCAGUACGCCAAGACGCAUGGCAUCGAUGACGACUCCAUCAUCAUCCUGCCCAAGAAAGACGAGUGUGUCCCCGGCGAGACGGAGGGAACGCCGCAGAUCACGAGAGCACGGAGGGACACUGUUCUGGACGCAGGCGACGAAGGGUCAGGAACGGGAGAGCUCGCCCAGUUCUGGGAUUCAGAGUCCUGCAAGCUGGCUCCGGACGCCGGCCCCUGCCUGGGCUACAUGACGCGCUUCCACUACAACUCCUCCCUCAUGGCCUGUCAGUCCUUCGGCUACGGGGGCUGCCUGGGGAACGGCAACAACUUCGUGACCGAGAAGGAGUGCCUGCAGAGCUGCCGCACGGAGGCGGCCUGCCGCCUGCCGAUGGACCCGGGUCCCUGCUUCGCCAGCGUCCAGCUCUGGGCCUUCGACUCCGACAGCGGGAAGUGCGUACCCUUCAAGUACGGCGGCUGCCAGGGCAACGGCAACAAGUUCUACACCCAGAAGGAGUGCGAGGAGUACUGCGGGGCCACGAAGGACGGGGAGGAGGAGUUCCUGGGCCUGCCCAAAAAGAACUGAGCGAGCUGUGUCACGACGGGCCGGAGUCACAGACCACACCGCCCCCCCGCCCCCGCUCCUCAAGAUCACAGAUGGCAGUUCUCAGAUAGACGUUACCUAAUUCAUCCCUCUCACUGCCCACUUUUAAUCUCAUCCCUCCCAACACCUCUAAGCCUUGCCUCUGGGUACGGGCUACCCCCCCGUCAAAGAACAAGGGUUAAACAAGGCCUCAACUAAAUGAACAUCUUCAACCCCCUCUUGCCACACCUAAAUUACCAACACCCACAGCAGUGCUCAGGUGGAUCUAACUGUCUACACCUUGGGCCAACAGAACCCCCCCCCCCAAAUCAGGUAGAGCACAGAACCAAGCAGGAGGAAGUCUGGUUUAACCCAGGCCUACGCUGAGUAUACAACAUACCCUGUGAGUCACACGCUUGGAUGGGACUGUUUGAUGUUUCGGCGCCAACGUUGAACUGAAGACUCAGACCAAACAUGCACAGCUCCAAUAAACUACUUUAAAGCACUG